ACGAGUUUGGUUCAUGCUCUUUCAUUUCCUUUUUUUUUUUUUUUUGGUGUCAACGACGGGUUGUUGUUUAUCUUCUUCUGACUUCCUUUUCAUUUCCUUGUCCUUCUACGAAUCAUUACAAGCAGAUGAACAACAAAGUCUAAUUUUCAAUGUUGUCCUGUCAAAUCUUCUGAGAUCUCGUUUCGAUUCCGUAAAGAAUGGAGAUUGAAGAGGAGUUUUCGAGUUCAGGUGAAAGAUUCAAGCUUCAUGACCAGUUGGAAUUGCAUGAAUUUCAGGACAAAUUCGUGAUUAAAUCUCCUGAGCCUACGGAUCAAGGAUUCUGGAUUAGUCGCCAUGACGGGACAAUCAGUCUAAUUGAUGGUGACGCGGAUCUUGAAGGUUCUCCCACGACUUCUACGAUUUACGGUUUGGUGGGAACAAUAAGAUUACUUGUAGGAACUUAUGUCCUUGUUAUAACUUCUCGUAAAGAAGUUGGGAGCUUUCUUGGUUUUCCAGUAUAUCGCUUGAUGUCUAUGAGACUUCUGGCCUGCAAUGAGGCUUUGAGGUUUUCAACUGCUCAAGAAAAAAAAGAUGAGGCUUACUUCAGGACUCUGUUGAAAAUAGUAGAGUCAAUGCCAGGAUUGUAUUAUUCAUAUGAUACAGAUAUUACAUUAAAUUUGCAGCGAAGAUGUAAGUUAAUAGAAGGUUGGAUGAGUAAGCCAAUUUGGAAGCAGGCUGAUCCUCGAUUUGUCUGGAACAAACAUCUUUUGGAGGAUCUUAUUGAGUAUAAGCUUGACAGAUUCGUUAUUCCCAUUGUACAAGGAAGCUUCCAAACAGCAGAGCUGAAGCUAAAGGACUCACAUGCUACAAUAAUGUUAGUUUCACGGAGGUGUACUCGGCGUCUAGGAACACGAAUGUGGAGAAGAGGAGCUAACCUUGAAGGUGACACUGCCAAUUUCAUUGAAACUGAACAGUUGCUUGAGACUGGAGAAUUUAUGUCCUCAUUAUUACAGGUUCGAGGUUCAAUUCCUCUGCUUUGGGAGCAGAUUGUUGAUCUGAGCUAUAAACCGUGCCUUGGGAUAAUUAAUCAUGAACAAACGUCAAAUGUUGUACAGCGCCAUUUCCAUGAUCUAUUUCAGAGAUAUGGAGAGACUAUAGCAGUUGAUCUAACUGAUAAAAUUGGCGAUGAAGGUCAAUUAAGUGCUGCAUAUGCUGCUGAAAUGCAAAAUCUACAAAAUGUGAGAUAUGUGUCUUUUGAUUUCCAUCAUCACUGUGGCAGUUCAAACUUUGAUAAUCUGGAUAUCCUCUAUGAUCAAAUCUCAGAGGAUUUUGAGAGGCAAAGAUAUUUGUUGAUAGAUGGAAAAGGGAAUGUCCUGGAGGAACAGAGAGGAAUUAUCAGAGCUAACUGCAUUGAUUGCCUUGAUCGAACAAAUGUUACCCAGUGUUAUCUGGGUCAGAAGUCUCUAAAUCAGCAGUUGCAAAGGAUUGGAAUUUUGACACCCUAUGAUUGCAUUUCUAUGUUUGGGGAAGAAUAUGGAAAAUUCAGAGCAAUGUGGGCUGAGCAAGGUGAUGAGAUUAGCCUUGAGUAUGCUGGGACUCAUGCCCUCAAAGGGGACUUGGUUAGGUACGGAAAACAAACAAUAGGCGGAAUAAUCAAAGAUGGCGUGAGUGCACUUUCACGUUAUUACCAAAAUAAUUUUCAUGAUGGGAUUCGGCAGGAUGCUCUGGAUCUGAUUAGUGGACGCUAUACUGUCAGUAGAAACAAUCCUUCUCCCUUCCAGCUGAAUGGCUUUGAGUCUAUCUCUUAUCUCCCAGUGGCAUCAGCUUUGAUACUAGGAGGUUUGACGAUAACAACCUUCACAGUUCAACAAGCUGGGCGAAAUAUACAGCACUAUUGGUCUUCUAUACUGUGUGCUGGAGUUACAGCAGGAGUUAUGGCCAUAAUCAAAGCUAAUGGAAGACAGUUCUGUUCAAGGCCCCGUUUGUGUGGUCUCCUCUGAUUUAUUUAUUUGUUUAAGGAGUCACCAACCAAAUGUUUUCACUCUGCUCUGGAUCAUCCUAGAGCUUGUAAAUAGGAUUCACGUGUUCACAAAUGCUUAAAUUGAUUAAAAUUAAUUAGGUAGAUGUUGUCUAA